AUGAGUCUGCGAGAGAGGCUUCGGAGAUUAUUACAGGUUGCAGAACCACGGAGGGCCCCGACUCAAACAUCGUCUCCAACCGAAUUCUUCUUCUCCUUCUUGAACAUCAGUUCGCUCUUCACAUGGCUCACGCUCCUCGUCGCAAUGUUGGGACUGUGCUGUCUCGACAUAUUCCUCAGAGUAAUAGCUGAUAUUAGAAGCCUAAUUGUCGUUGGCUGUGGUGCUGCCGUCCUAGUUACAGGCACUCUCAUUACCCUCUCUUCACGAAAGCUAUCCAAUACGGCUGCUGUAAACGACAUUCCCAAAAAGUACAUGCCAAUAAACACUUCCGAUGUACCUCAACCUGUGUAUCGAAUGAUUCAAAGUGGAUUGUCGUUCUCAGCAACAGUUUCAUCAAACAUACAUCCAAACCGGAACGAUAUCAGACAUAUCGGAUGGGGACGAACACCGCUGGAGAAUGUGCACUUUAGAUCUGCGAUGAUUGAAACGAUAGACAUACUAGAGCAUGCAGCUGCUGACGUGUCAUCUCGAUGGAGAAGGGACAAGCAGACACCAGUACGCAUGUAUGUAGAGAAUCUCACCAAGAUGGGAGCUCUUGAUGAGACUCUGGGCAAGACAUAUUGUGACAUGUUGGAAGAUGCUCAAUAUGGGAAUGAUCAGCCUUCGGAGGAAGAGUAUAUGGUAUUUAUGAAGCAAUUCGCGUUAUUGCUCAGAUCUUUGGGUGCUCCUCCUUCCUCCAUCACGUCGUAA